UCAACUAAAAAUUAUCUGAAAAAUCUGUAAGAUUUAUUUCAGGUUCUGAUUUUAAAUUCAGACAAUUUUACUACUGUAACUAAAGAAUCACUUAUGAUUAAAGGCAAAUGGUGUUUGAAACUGUCAAAUUUCUUUUUACUUCUACCAAAUUCAAAACUAUGGAUUGGGUAGCAAGACUUCAAUUGACAGUUUCAAGUUUCAGGUAGUCUCGAUAAUGCAUACAACCCUCACAAUGACAAUGAAUCACGUGGUUACCUGGCCACCGCUUCUAUCUGCAAGCCCAGUCCUUUCCUAGACCCAUUAGCACAAAGGUUUUCUCUUCUUAUUCCCCUCUAACCAUGAAGCUAGUCUUUCUUAAGUUGUUCACAUCGGCAGAGCUCCUAGUUAAACUAAUACAUAAAGGACAACCAUGGAAUAGUUGACAUCUACUAUGAGGCACUUAAUCUCACUGCUGACCAAGAUGUGGCACAGAGAGAUUAAUAAAUAAGAAGCUGAGGCAGGAUUAGAACCCAGGCCUUCAGGUUCCACAGCCCGCAUUCUAGGAAGGUACGCCAUGGCUCAGCUCCAGACACGCUUCUUCACUGACAACAAGAAAUAUGCGGUAGAUGAUGUUCCCUUCUCCAUACCUGCAGCCUCUGAAAUUGCUGACCUUAGUAACAUCAUCAAUAAAUUGUUGGAGGCCAAAAAUGAGUUCCACAAACAUGUGGAGUUUGAUUUCCUCAUCAAGGGCCAGUUUCUACGAAUGCCCUUGUUCAAACACAUGGAACUGGAAAACAUCUCAUCAGAAGAAGUUGUGGAACUAGAGUACGUGGAGAAGUACACUGCCCCUCAGCCAGAGCAGUGCAUGUUCCAUGACGACUGGAUCAGUGCGAUCGAAGGGACAGAGGAAUGGAUCUUGACUGGUUCUUAUGAUAAGACUUCUCGGAUCUGGUCCUUGGAAGGAAAAUCAAUAAUGACAAUUGUGGGACAUACAGAUGUUGUAAAAGAUGUGGCCUGGGUGAAGAAAGACGGCUUGUCUUGCCUGCUGCUGAGCGCCUCCCUGGACCAGACAAUCCUCCUGUGGGAGUGGCACGCAGAGAGGAACAAGGCGAAGGCCUUGCACUGCUGCCGCGGCCACGCGGGCAGCGUGGAGUCCAUCGCGGUGGACAGCACGGGGACCAAAUUUUGCAGUGGCUCCUGGGAUAAGAUGCUAAAGAUUUGGUCUACAGUUCCUACAGAUGAAGAAGAUGAAAUGGAAGAAUCCACAAAUCGACCAAGAAAGAAACAGAAAACAGAGCAGCUGGGACUCACGCGGACUCCCAUUGUGACCCUCUCUGGCCACAAGGAAGCAAUUUCCUCAGUUCUGUGGUCAGAUGCUGAAGAAAUCUGCAGUGCGUCUUGGGACCACACAAUUAAAGUAUGGGAUGUUGAGUCUGGCAGUCUAAAGUCAACUUUGACAGGAAAUAAAGUGUUUAAUUGUAUCUCCUAUUCUCCACUUUGUAAACGUUUAGCAUCUGGAAGUACAGAUAGGCAUAUCAGACUGUGGGAUCCCCGAACUAAAGAUGGUUCUUUGGUGUCGCUGUCCCUGACCUCACACACAGGCUGGGUCACAUCCGUAAAGUGGUCUCCUACCCAUGAACAGCAGCUCAUUUCUGGUUCUUUAGAUAACAUGGUUAAGCUGUGGGAUACCAGAAGUUGUAAGGCUCCUCUCUAUGAUCUGGCUGCUCAUGAAGACAAAGUUCUGAGUGUAGACUGGACAGACUCAGGGUUACUUCUGAGUGGAGGAGCAGACAAUAAAUUGUAUUCCUACAGAUAUUCGCCUACAACUUCCCAUGUGGGGGCAUGAAAGUGAAAGAUAAAUUUGACUGCAAAGAUUCCUUCUGUUAAUAAAAUCAAUAGAGAAUACUUAGCUAACACCAAUACAGAUACAGGAAGCAGCCUUUUAGAUUAAAGUUAAUAUACUGUUUCACCCUUGAUGAUAGUGUUAUCACUCUUUUUAUUUUGUAUUUAUUAUACAACAGUUGUGUUUAUUGAAUAUAAAACAUAGCCAGCAUUCUCUACCUUAUGAAAACUUUUGAAAUUAAACUGAGUUUUAAUUUCUUUUCUAAAGGUAUUGGUUUGAAUUAUGAUUUGUUUUUGAAGUCCUAUGAAAGUAUGUGUUAAAAGUUCAGUAAUUGUUCAGAUUUUUAUUUCUGAGGGAGAAACUUCAUUUUUUAAAGUUAGCAUUUAAAAAAAGCAUUUUAAAAAGUAAAAUUUUAACAGAAAAAUCAGAAAUACAAUCUGUGUUGGGUAAAAAAGUUAUCCUGUAACUGUAAUAAUAUUCUUUGUAAGUAUUCAGAACAUUAAAACAUGUAGAUGUUGCCAGUUAUUAAGAAUUUGUUGAAAUAUUUUAAGUGAAGUACUUUGUUUCAAAGAUAAGUCAGGGCAAUUCCCUAGCGAUCCAGUGGUUAGGACGCCAUGUUUGCAAUGCUGGGGGCCAGCGAUCUGUCCCUAAUUAUAGAACUAAGAUCCCACAAGCUGCAUAAUGUGGCCAAAAAAAUAAUAAAUAAAAGAUUUUAAAAAUACAUAAAGACAAGUCAGAAUCCUUUAGAAAUAGCAUACAGAUUUCAUGGUAACCAGGAAUCUCUCUCCACACUUAAACUUGCGUAUAGACAAGAAUUCUUCAGACAAAACCUUUCAGUAAGUUUUAGGUAAAAACAUUCUAAAAUUUUUGUAUCAUUAGCACUUAUCUAAAUCCAUUUAUUAUAUGCCAGAUAUGUAACGUAAAGGUCUUAAAAUGUGACUUUAAUGGAUUAGUAUUUCUCAAGCAGAGCACCUCUGCCUCUAAAUAAUAAACAGGAAAUCAGUUUGGUCUCA